AUGUCAAGAGUUGCCACAUUAUUAUGCUGCGAGUGUGGGACACCAAUUGAUGGUUCCACUGGACUGGUCAUGUGUACAGACUGUAUCAAAAUCAAAGUAGACAUCACAAAGGAUAUACCAAAAGAAGCAACAGUUCAGUUCUGUAGAGAUUGCGAAAGGUUUUUGCAACCACCAGGACAAUGGAUAAGAGCCGAACUGGAAUCUCGUGAACUGUUGGCACUUUGUCUUAAAAGAUUGAAAGGUUUAAACAAAGUCAGAUUAGUCGAUGCGUCCUUUAUAUGGACAGAACCACAUUCAAGAAGAAUUAAAAUUAAAGUCACAGUCCAAGGUGAGGCCAUGAUGAAUGUUAUGAUUCAGCAAACUUGUCAAAUUGAAUAUUAUGUCAAUGCUGUGCAAUGUCCAGACUGUGCACGUUCCUUUACUGCUAAUACAUGGACUGCAAAGGUGCAAAUUAGACAAAAAGUACCACAUAAAAGGACUUUUUUAUAUUUGGAACAAAUGAUUUUAAAACAUAAGGCCCACAUGGAUACCAUAUCAAUCGAAGAAGUUAAAGAUGGGUUAGAUUUUUUCUAUGGUCAAAAGAAUCACGCCAUAAAGAUGGUUGAUUUCUUACAAUCAAAUAUUCCAGUCAAAUAUAAAAAUUCCAAAGAACUGAUUUCCAAAGAUACCCAUUCUGAUAUUUCCACUUAUAAAUUUACAUAUUCUGUAGAAAUUGUUCCAAUUUGUAAAGAUGAUUUGGUAGUAUUACCUAAAGAGAUAGCAAAAUCCUUAGGUAAUAUCUCUAGAUUUGUGCUAUGUUCCAAGAUUUCGAAUACAGUACAAUUCAUGGAUCCGGUAACCUUACAAGCUUCUGAAAUGUCAUCACAAACAUAUUGGAGAAAUCCAUUCUCCUCACUAGCUGAUUCUUCUCAAUUAGUCGAAUUCAUUGUUUUGGAUGUUGAACCUACAGGGUUCACUGAGGGUAAUAAAGUUCUUGCUGAUAUUACUGUAGCCCGUACAUCUGAUUUAGGUAACAACGAUCAAGAAUAUUAUGUGAGAUCACAUUUAGGUGGUAUAGUUCAUGCGGGUGAUUCAGUCGUAGGUUAUUUUAUUGCUAAUUCUAAUUAUAAUUCAGAACUAUUUGAUGAAUUGGAAUAUGAUCAAAUUCCAGAUGUUAUAUUAGUUAAGAAACUGUAUAAGAAGAAAAAGAAUAAGAAGAACAGAAAUUGGAAGUUGAAAAGAAUGGCUAAAGAAUAUAAUGAGACAGAUUUACAUGUUGGAACACAUAGCUCUUCAAGGUUUCAAAGACAAGAAUUAGAACGUUCAGAAAAAGAUUACGAAUUAUUUUUACAAGAACUAGAAGAAGAUGAGGAAUUAAGAAAAAAUGUCAAUAUGUACAAAGUUGCAGAAAUCCAAAAAUCUAAUUCAUUGGAAAGUGGAGAUGAUGAUGAUGCUGAUGAUGAUUAUAAGUCUGGUGAAUUCGAGGAGUCUGAUGCUCCGGAAAUUGAUGUUGAUGAAUUGUUAGAUGAAUUAGAUGAUUUAACUUUAGAUGAUCAAACUAGGGCUAAAUCUCAAAGAGAAGAAGGGGAGGACGAAUUUGUCAUCAAUAAUGAGCUAAACAAAAAUAAAACAGGAUCGACAACUGAAACUAUAUAG